UCGGUUUUGUCAUGAUCGUUCGUCGCAUUCCUUGCUCUCCUGGUUUGGUGGUGUUUGGCGUCCUACCAUCGGUGCCUGCUAUUUUCUCUUACGCAAAAGUGUUGCCGCUCUCGUUCUUCAGCUUUCCUCUGCAACUCUCCGUUUUUGACUUGCUUGAUCGUAUCACAACUCUCGGUUUUUGGCUCAACCCCUUUUGCAUGUUCUUUCAUCUUUUGCUGUCUUUCUUCUCAUUUCAUGAAUCGUGAGAUCAGGUUCUCGUCGAAAGGAUUCGCGUCAAGAUGGCAGCUCGCCGGAUACCAAUGCUGGGGCUCGUGUUCCUAUUGUGUUGGGCAGCGACUACACAAGCAGAAUAUAUGAAGUACAAAGAUCCUAAACAGGCGGUGAAUGUUCGAAUAAAAGAUCUGAUGAAGCGCAUGACUCUCGCUGAGAAGAUCGGUCAGAUGACACAAAUCGAGCGAGCAAACGCCUCCUCUCGAGUCUUGAAAGACUACUUUAUAGGCAGCAUACUCAGUGGAGGGGGAAGCGUUCCUGCACCUCAGGCCUCUGCCAAGGAUUGGGUGGAGAUGAUCACUACGUUUCAGAAGGCCUGCCUGUCAACACGCUUGGGAAUUCCCAUGAUUUAUGGGAUCGAUGCCGUUCACGGCCACAACAAUGUCUACAAUGCAACCAUAUUUCCUCACAACAUUGGCCUCGGAGCCACAAGGCAAGCACAAACUAUAACCUCUCUUGGAUUCUUGAGCUUGACAUUAUACUCGGAAAUCAUGAUCCGCAGGGAUCCUGGACUUGUGAAGAGGAUUGGUGCGGCAACCGCACUCGAAGUUAGAGCGACUGGCAUUCCUUAUGCUUUUGCGCCUUGCAUUGCGGUUUGUAGGGAUCCAAGAUGGGGCAGGUGCUACGAGAGCUACAGCGAGGACCACGGGGUUGUGCAGGCGAUGACAGAACUCAUUCCUGGUUUACAGGGAGAUGUCCCUCCGAACUACGCGAAGGACUUUCCCUAUGUUGCAGGAAAGAACAACGUGGCAGCUUGCUCCAAGCACUUUGUUGGCGAUGGUGGGACGCAGAAAGGAAUCGAUGAGAACAACACUAUCAUCGAUGCCCACGAACUCCUCGGCAUUCAUAUGCCUGCUUACAUCGACUCCAUCGCCAAGGGUGUGUCCACCGUCAUGGUCUCCUAUUCAAGCUGGAAUGGAGUUAAAAUGCAUGCCAACCGUCGCCUGGUCACCGGCCACCUCAAGAAGAAGCUUGGUUUCAAGGGGUUUGUGAUCUCAGACUGGCAGGGCAUCGACCGGAUCACCACUCCGCCUGGUGCAAAUUACACCUACUCUGUUCAAGCUUCCAUUACUGCAGGCCUUGAUAUGGUGAUGGUUCCAUAUGACUAUCCUGCGUUCAUUGGUACUCUGACAAAUCUCGUGAAUCAAAAGGUUAUCCCGAUGAAACGAAUCAACGAUGCCGUAAGAAGGAUCUUGAGGGUGAAAUUUGUCUUAGGCCUCUUCGAGAACCCUCUGCCUGAUCCCAGCUUAGGCGAUCAAAUCGGGAAACAGGAGCAUAGGGAAUUGGCAAGAGAAGCCGUCAGGAAGUCACUGGUGCUGCUGAAAAAUGGGAAAUCGAGCAACGAGCCAUUGCUGCCUUUGCCUAAGAAGGCUGAUAAGAUCCUCGUCGCCGGAAGUCAUGCUGAUAACAUAGGUUACCAGUGUGGCGGUUGGACUAUAGAGUGGCAAGGAGGCAGUGGCAACAUCACCGGUGGUACCACAAUCCUGGACGCCAUUAGAUCCACGGUUGACCCGGCAACCAAUGUCGUGUUCUCCGAGAAGCCCGAUGCUGAUCUCGUGCAGAGCAAUCACUUCUCCUACGCCAUUGUCGUCGUCGGGGAGCCACCCUACGCCGAGACCGCGGGCGACAGCCUCAACCUCACCAUUCCCGAACCAGGCCCGAGCACGAUCCAGACGGUCUGCGGCGCCGUGCGGUGCGUGGUGGUACUCAUCUCCGGCCGGCCCGUCGUCAUCCAGCCGUACCUCCCGGUGAUGGACGCGUUGGUGGCUGCAUGGCUGCCGGGCUCCGAAGGUCAAGGCGUGGCCGACGUCCUCUUCGGGGACUUCGGGUUCACGGGAAAGCUUCCUCGCACCUGGUUCAAGUCGGUGGAGCAGCUCCCCAUGAACGUCGGUGAUAAGAGCUACGACCCACUGUUCCCCUUUGGUUUUGGCUUGACGACGAAGCCGGCGGCAGCAGUGCAGAAUUGAGCUCCAGGAAGAAGAACUCCACCUUCUUCCUUCUCUCCACAUUUGGCCUUAAUCAAUGUAAUUUUUUGGUUCUGCGCUUCGCUAUAAUCUUCACAUACCAAAUCGAACGAUGCCAUGGAUUUUUCUGGUUUCCAGGUCAGGAGUUUCAACCCUG